CUUCAUCUCUAUCACCAUCUCCAUCUCUAUCACAACCUCAAUAUCCAUCUCCUCCUCUAUCUACCAUGACACCUCAAUCUCAAUCACCAUCACCAUCACCAUCAUCAUCACUAACACCAUCUCUUUCUCCAUCUCAAACUCAAUCUCCAUCAUUUUCUCUAUCUCCAUCACCAUCACCUUCUCUAUCUCUUUUCCCACCUCCAUCUCCAUUGCAAUCUCUAGCUUCUCCUCUAUCUUCCAUGACAUCUCACUCUCCAUCUCCGUCGCAAAUUCAAACAUCGCCAUCGCCAUCGCCUUCUCAAUCUCCUUUGUCACCUCCAUCGCCAUCUCCAUCUAUAUUGCAACCUUUAUCUCCAUCAAAAUCUCCAUCUCUAUCACAGCCUCCAUCUGCAUUUCAAUCUCCAUCUCCUCCCCUAUCUACCAUGACACCUCCAUCUCCAUCACCAUCACCAUCAUUAUUGUCAUCACAAUCACCAUCUCAAUCUUCGUCACAAACUCAAUCUCCAUCAUUUUCUCUAUCUCCAUCACGAUCGUCUUCUUUAUCACCCUCGCCACCUCCAUCACAAUCACAAACUCCAUCUUCUUCUCUAUCUCCAUCGCCAUUGCCAUCUCCAUCAUUAAUUCCGUCUCCAUCUCCACCACCUCUUGGUGUCCCCACCUCCUCCAUACCGUGACAUGUCUCCACCUCCACUAUUACUAUCUCCACUACCUCCUCACCGCAGUAAGCCUCCUCCACCUUCUAUAAGGCCCCCACCUCCUCCUUACCAAAACAAGUCUCCACUUCUACCUUUACCAUCUCCACCACCUCUUUACCAUAAUAAGUCUCCUCCAGCUCUAGAAAGGCCACCACCUCCUCCAUAUCGCAACAAGUCUCCACCACCUC